UGCAGCAUCACUGAACUGGUGCAGUGCAAAACGCACACACAUCGUCACUGAUGGUGUGCAGAACAAGGGGGACAUAAAAAAACCUUCAGAAACUAAAACAUACAUUUUUUCUUAAAACCCCAAAAAAAGACAUAACAAAAAAAACCAUCAUGAGCUACGAGUUCUUCUUCUCUCACCGACGUCCUUGGGACAGCUACAAAGGCUCCCGACCUACCAUCAAACCUUCCAUGUCUGCCUCUCUGUACUCCUCUCCUCGAGCUUCUCCAUCUGGGAAGAGGAUCCUGAAGAUGGCCUCCUCUUCCCUGCCAGACGGGUCUCAGAGGAUGGAUCUGAUUCAGGCAAGCACCAUCAACACAGAGCUGCUGGAAAUGCGGUCCCAGGAGAAGGAGCAGCUUGUGGACCUGAAUGACCGCUUCGCCACCUACAUCGAGAAGGUGAGGCACCUCGAGCUGCAGAACCGAGCCCUGCUGGCCGAGCUGGAUGCAUUGAGGAGGAGGCAGAAUGACCCAUCCAGGCUGCAGUCGUCCUAUGAAGGGGAAACUCGGAGUUUGAGAGCCAUGAUUGACACAGAGAACAACGAGAAGUUGCAGAUGGAGGCAGAGAGGGACUACCUCAGGGACGUGUACGAGCAGAUGAAGGAAGGCUAUGAAGAAGAGGCCAGGCGCCGAUUGGAUGCUGAGGAGGGCCUGCAGAGAGCCAGAGAGGAGGCGAGCCGGGCCGUGCUCUACAACUGUGACACAGAGGCCACCGUGGUCUCUCUGUGUGAUGAGAUAGUCUUCCUGAAGAAAGUUUUUGCAGAAGAGCAAGCAGAGCUCCAGGCCCAGUUGCAGGUGGCAAACAUCAGCGUGAACGUGGAGUUGUCCAGGCCUGACCUCUCCUCCGCCCUGCGUGACAUCCGGGCGCAGUACGAGCGGCUUGCCAACAAGAACAUGCAGGCCGCUGAGGACUGGUACAAGAACAAGUUUGCGAGUGUGGCGGAGAUGGCCAGCAAAAACAACGAAGCUGUGCAUGCCAUCCGGGAGGAGACUAUGGAGUACCGCAGGCUCCUUCAGUCCCGCUCCUCUGAGAUCGAAGCUCUCCGGAAUGUCAUCAACUCACUAAACAAGCAACUGGAGGAUCUGGAGGACACACAGGCUAAGGAGGUGGAGAAAUACCAGAUGAGGAUAAGUGAACUGGACCAGGAUAUUACUGAAGCAAAGCAGGAGAUGGCGCGCUACUUGAGAGAUUACCAAGACCUUCUCAAUGUGAAGAUGGCCCUUGACAUUGAAAUAGCUGCAUACAGGAAACUCUUGGAGGGGGAAGAGAUUCGGCUGACCUACCCUUCCUUUCCAGCUCUGAAUUAAACAUAAACGUUUCCAGCGUAGAGAAACACUGAUUUCGUCCCAUCCCUUUUAUCUGUUCCUUAAACGUUCUUCCCCGCCAUUAUUUCUCCACUCUGCCCUCUCCCUCACCUUUCCUCUAACGUCAGUCUCUCCAAAACACCCGUUCAUCAACCCUUCCAAGAAACAGACCCAAAACAAAAACUCAUCUCUCUCAAGACGGCAGCGCCCUUGUGCUAAACAAGAGGUCCAUAAGAAGUCCCCCUUUUUCUACACACGUCUUGACACCACACACCAUGAAGAUGGCGACCUGUCCGACGCAGAGUGGCUGCACUGCAUUAGUUAUGAAAUCAUGGCAGGUGGCUGUAUUGUUUUGGCUGAGUUCCUCUUUGUGAAGCAGGCUGAGGUCCAAGCAACUGUGUUAACCGCUAGACUUUCUCAAAGCCUCUGUAUCCGAACAUUUGACCAACUGUUUGUGAAGGAGGUGGGAAGAAAUCCAGCUAUCUCUCAGCGCUUGGAUUUUAUCUGCAGCAUUUUUUCACCUGGAACUCAACCAAUCAUUUAAGCAAUGCCCUGCAUCCGGUUCUGCGGUAAUAAUUUAGAACAUAUUUUUAAAUCAGUGAUGACUACAGAUCUUAGUCUGUUCUAUGACACAGUAGUGCAAAAAUUUGUCGAAUCUGCUCUUUAUAAAUUAAUAAUUUGCUCUUCAGAUUUAUAAUAAACUACACAAAUUCCAAACUAGUAAAUGCUAAGUAAUUUAAGGGUUUUCCCUUUAGGAUUUGUUUGUCUCAUAGACUAUUUGCGCAAAAUUUCCUCUACAAACUUAUUGAAAGCUAGAAAAAUAUCAACAUGACAGAUCUAUCUACGGGAACUCCUUGUUGUUUGUCGGCUGAUUUCAGAUCUAAUCGGUGCUUUAAACCUGUGAAACCCGUGCAAAGUAGGCACCAUUAUGAUCCAUGUUCUUGUAACAACGAACAACAAGCUGAAUAAACACAUAACUGACCUGCA